AUGACACUACACGGCGAGGGUAUCGGAGGUGUAGUCUUCCUCAUCCUCUACACCAUCAACUUCACCAUCCUCCUCUAUGGAUUCACCACCAAGUUGAUCACCUUCAAAUCAGUUUACUCGUUCCUCCUAUUCCAUGUCUGUCUUCGUCUCGCUGCUCAGUCAGUCGCCAUCGUCACAGGUACCAAGGAUCGACUAGAUGCUGGUUUACUUAUCGCCUUCUUCGUCCUCGGGGCAGAGGGUUACUUCUCACUCGUACUAUGUGCAUAUCGUUUCCUCAUUCACCAUCACGAACAUGUUUACCCGAUCAGUGGAAGUUGGCUCGAAGGUAAGAUAAACAGGAACAAGGAUAGAGGCGGACAGGAAGACCCAUGGUACAUCAGGUUGAAGAGAGCUCUGACAGCCAAGAACAAGGAUGGGAAGAAGGAUCCAUGGGUUAUGACCAUCAUUCAUUGGACAUUGAUCGGGGCGAACACAAUCAUCAUUGUCGGUGGUACACGAGCUACCGGUGCUGGUUACAAUGAACCAGGCUUCUGGGAUCGUAUUCAUGAUGGUGAAAUCCUACGAGCGACCGGUCAAGCAAUCUUCCUCGCUAUAAACAUCCUCCUCGCUGUCUUCCUCUUCCUCUCGGUCAAUCAAGAUCGGAAUCCCAAUGGCACCUUACCACGAGGUUGGAACCACUUCUUCAGGGUUGGCAGUGAUCACGGAGCUGUCGAUACUGCCGAUAGACCCCUGAUCAGAUCAAUCAGUCCCGAUCUUCUCGUUCUCAUCAUCGCUUGGCCACCUCUCAUCGUUCGUGGUAUCUUCGGUCUUCUCCAAGCUGUUGUCGCCCCCAUCAACUAUGCCAACCCUGAGGCAUAUACCUACACUACAGUUUUAGCAUUCACCAAAGUUUUCAUCGUGAUGGAGAACCUCUUCUCCGUCUUGCCCGAAUGGACCGCCUGCUGCCUCUUGUGUACCACCAUGUUCUUCAAACCUAAUCACCAUGAGGCCAAUCGUCAAACCAAGGAUCUCGAGUCCACCAGCCCGAACGCGGGUCCGGUUGAUCAAGGUGAAGUAGAUGGCGAUGAAACCCAUACUGUGGAGCCAAAAGAUACGAAUAGGAAAUACUAA